AUGAUUCUAAAAGAUGAAGGUAUAGUGAUAUGCCAAUAUGAAGAAAACGAAGUUUGGCCAAACAUUGAAGGAGUAGUUGUUGGUACACAAGAGUAUAGAACAAAUAGAACAGAAGCACAUGAUCACGACAUUCAACAGUCCCUUCAUGCAGAUUUGGUGGAGUACAUAUACAAGGCUCACAUACAAUCCGAGAUCGAGUAUUGGCACAAUGAUUUGUUUGAUGAAUCAGAUGAAGAUUCAGAUUUGUUCAUCGAAGACUCGGGCGAUGAUUUGGAUAACGAGGACGAGGAUUCAGAGUGA